UUUAACUUUCUCUUCACAUUUCUGCAGCCCGACUUAUAAAGCUUUAGUGCUGGCAAAGGGUUGAGCAAACGAGCCAGCCAAGCCGAUGCCCACGUUCCUCUCCGCCACACCUGAGCCAACAUUUCAUUCCUCUUUUGCAAAUGGCUCUGCUGGAUUUCUUUUUUUCUUUCCCCGCCUCUGUCGUUCUGUUGUUUUUUCUGCUGCUUUUCGCAUCCUCCUAUUUGCCGGCUCUCUUUCGAAAACCAUCUUUAAAAUUGCCGCCCGGCCCUUGGCCGCUUCCCAUCAUCGGACAUCUGCACUUGCUGGAUUUUAAAAGGCAGGACAAGUCCUUGCUAAAGCUUGCGGAAAAAUACGGACCCGUCUUUACUCUCUAUUUCGGGUUCAAGAAAGUGGUAGUGUUGACAGGCUACGAAGCAGUGAAGGAUGCUCUUGUGAACUUCACUGAGGAAUUUGUGGACAGGCCUUCCAUACCUAUAUUUGAGGAAAUUCAGCAUGGAAACGGGGUUUUCUUCUCCACUGGAGAGUUAUGGAGGUCUACCCGAAAAUUUACGGUGUCCACCAUGCGCAACCUUGGGGUGGGGAAAAAACACAUUGAGGAAUGCAUCCACGAAGAGCUCGGUUUUCUGAUAGAGAAUAUUAACUCUUUCCAAGGCGAACCUUUCGACCUGAGAACAUUCAACGCUGCUGCAACCAACAUCACUUUCGUUCUGCUGUUUGGGGAACGGUUUGAGUACAACACCCCGAAUUUUGUCACUCUCCUAAGACUCAUCGAUGAAGUGAUGUGUCUGCUUGGCUCUCCUACUUUACACCUGUUCAACUUCUAUCCGUUCCUGGGAUUUCUCUUCAACGCUCACAAGACUUUGCUUCGGAAGAUCGAAGACGUCCGAGUGAUCAUCCGAGAUUACAUCAAGAGUAGCAGACAGGAUCUCAACGGCAACAGCCUCAGGAGCUACACAGAAGCUUUGGUCUUUAAGCAGGAACAGGACAUGAACAAAAGACAGAACCUUUUCCACGAAGAUAAUUUAAUUGCGUCCAUUCUGGAUCUCGUCAUGGCUGGGACAGAAACCACAGCCACAACUCUGCAAUGGGCUAUCCUGUUGGCCAUGAGGUAUCCGGAGAUCCAAAAGAAGGUCCAAGAGGAACUCGGGCGAGUGGUGAAGCCUGGCCACUGGGCCACCUAUGAAGACCGACACCACCUGCCUUUCACCAAUGCGGUGAUCCACGAGGUGCAGCGUUUCAUCACCCUCCUGCCCCACGUGCCACGAAGCACCUCCGUGGACACCCAUUUCAGAGGCUACUUCCUCCCCAAGGGAACCAUGGUCAUCCCAUCGCUGACUUCAGUCCUGCUUGACCAGAGCCAAUGGGAAACCCCCCACAAAUUCAACCCCAACCACUUCCUUGAUCCCAGCGGGAAUUUCGUCAAGAAAGACGCCUUCGUGCCUUAUUCUUUAGGACGCAGGAACUGCAUUGGCGAAAGUCUGGCCAAAAUGGAGCUUUUCCUCUUCUUCACGGGCCUGCUGCAGAAAUUCACUUUCCGACCUCCGCCUGGGCUUACAGAAACUGACUUGGACCUGAAUGUCCCUAAGACGACGUUCACUCUAAGACCACAACCACAGCUGACGUGGGCCGUUCUCCGGGAGUGAAGAAAAAGUUGCACGAGACGAAAGAAGGGGAAAGGACGUCCCUAUACAGACUACUAUACACCCUUUGUGUGCAUACGUUUGUGUGUAUGUUUGUGUGUCUGCAUAAUCUGUAUCUAUACAUGUAAACUAUAUACAUUUUAGGGCAGUGUUUCUCAGCCUUGGCAACUUUAAGAUGUGCCAGACUUCCACUCCCAGGAAUUGAGGUUCAACACAUCUUAAAGUUGCCAAGGUUGAAAAACAUUGUGUUGGGAAUCGAAUUCCAUAGAAAGCUAGAUUUAAAAUUAAGCUGAAACUCAAAAGAGAAUGGGGGAGAAAUGUGCCGCUCAUUUUUGCAAGGACCUGAACGUUACACGAUUGUGGAUAAAAAAUUGUGGAUGAAAAAUGCCCCACCUGUGGAUGAUCUGAUCCACAAAAUUUACUUCCCCCACCUACUUUGUACUAAGAUUAUUUUUCUUCCUUUAAAAAAUCUUUAUUGCUAUCUAUCUCUCUAUCUCUCUACCUACCUACCUAUCCACCUAUCUCUCUCUCUCUCUCUCUCUCUCUCAUCUCUAUCUCUAUCUAUAUAAUCUCUAUCUAUCUAUCUAUCUAUCUAUCUAUCUAUCUAUCUAUCUAUCUAAUCUAAUCUAUCUCUAUCAUCUCUCCUUCCCUCCUUCCAUCUAUCUAUUUAUCUACCUAUCUCUAUCUAUCAUCUCUUUCUCUCCCUAUCUAUCUAUCUAUCUAUCUAUCUAUCUAUCUAUCUAUC